AUGGUCAUCAUCGACGAGAAGAUGGCUACGGCCCAUCGUCCACUCCCUCAACCUCCCCCGCCAUAUCAACUACAUCAACGCAGGACGGACGGCACAGAUGCAGUACCUCCACCUCCGUUUGCCGCGUACUCAAGGCCGGCGCCGAAACUCUCCGCCCUCCCUCUUCAUCUACUCCUUCAUAUUCUGUACCACACCUUCCCGCAGCGACCGAAGUUCGAGUCGGGUACGGUUCGAAGAACGCUGUAUGGGCUUGCUAUGGAAGCCAGGCAUGUUAGCAGAUCGUUCUACAUCGCUUGUAUGCACAUUCUACGAUCGUCCUAUCUCCCAGCAUACUCGGAACUCGUCAAAUAUCCGUACACCUCAGAUCCAUUCCCAUUGGCCGCAACACCGCCCACCGACGCAUCCUCGUUGACGAGCUCGCCGGUUCUCCCGUCGCUCCAGAGGGAAACGGCGGUGCUGGAUCUAUUUAUCGCGCUCAAGGUCCGCGAGGAUGUUUGGGUCGACGACUCGGAACUACAUCUCGAACGAGACGAGUCCUUCCGCGAUCUCUUUGAUCUACUACAACCCAGGGCGCGAAUGGAAGACCUCGUGCGCGCGUACGGCGAAAGAAGCAGUCUCGUAUACUCGAGGCUGGCCAGGGUGGACGGACACCAUACUUCGCACAAGGGCAUGCUAGAUUUUGCUACCCUUGCGGCGUCAUUCAGUCCGAGGCGUGUGGGAAUUGUCGUCAUGGUUCAAGGCCGAAAGCGAACGGUAGUGGACACGGAGCGUGCACGGGACGAGCUGCUCGAGGCUGCUGCCCAGCGCCUGGUCGUAGACCUGGGCGACUGGCUUCAUACGUAA